AUGGCCCCCAAAGUCGCAAUCGUCUACUACUCCUUAUAUAACCACAUCUUCACUUUGGCUAAAGAAGCUAAAAAGGGAAUUACUGCUGCUGGUGGUGUUGCUGAUUUAUUCCAAGUCCCAGAAACUUUGUCUCCCGAAAUAUUGACUGCUAUGCAUGCUCCACCGAAACCAGCAGACAUCCCAAUUGCAACAAACGAAACUUUGCAAUCUUACGAUGCUUUCUUAUUCGGUAUUCCAACAAGAUAUGGUAACUUCCCAGCUCAAUGGAAGGCCUUCUGGGAUGCCACUGGUGGUUUAUGGGCUUCUGGGGCUUUACACCACAAACCUGCUGGAAUCUUUNUCUCCACUGGUACUCCAGGUGGUGGUCAAGAAGUCACUGCUUUAAAUGCUUUGUCCACUUUAACUCACCACGGCUUGAUCUAUGUUCCAUUAGGCUACAAGAACAAUUUUGGUCUACUCACCAACCUUGAUGAAGUCCAUGGUGGCUCUCCUUGGGGUGCUGGUACCUAUGCUGGUGCUGAUGGUUCCAGACAACCAACUAAAUUAGAAUUGGAAGUUGCUUUCAUUCAAGGUAAAACCUUUUACGAAACCAUCCAAAGAUUCUAA